AUGUGGUUACAUGAAUUAAACAAAUUGAAAGGUGCAUCAUCAAAAGAACAAACAAAUAAAAUUACGAAACAUUUUCAAAAAACAAGUACAACACAAUGCUCAACAUAUAAUAACAAUCACCCACGACAAAUGGAAUUAUCAAUGGCCAUCGUGAAUAAUUUAAUUAUUAAAUUAGGUUUACCUUUAUCGAUCGUAGAACGAUCAGCUUUUAUUGAUUUCAUGAAAACAGUGGAUUCCAAAUUUACCGUGACAAGUCGUGGGACUUUGAGUCGAACAGUACAGUGA